GCAGUUUGUCACCCAAUAUCAUGUCGGUCCACGGCCUCAUCGCUCUCCUGCUAGCUAGGCUAGUGUGCGGCAUCCCGGCUCCUUUGUUCGAAAGUCUUGAUCCCGUUAAAAGUCACUACCUGGUUAGAAUCGAGGGCAACAGCAAAGAUGCCAUGAACAACUUCAGGCUGGAGAUGGCGGCUGAAAACGAUCGCAAUGAACAGGAGGGAACCGGCUUCGGUCACAUUAAGGUUUUAGACGAGAUUGAUGGUACAGACUUGAAGCUAUUCCUGUUGGAAUUAGACUACAAAUCUCUAGACACGGUACGCUACCAUCCAUCGGUGCAGUUCGUGGAAGAAGAGACGCGGAUGAGAGGGGACGCGGCGCACACAAGCAAACCGAUUCCGGAGAAUGCCGAGCGUCAAGAUAGGGUUGACGACGACGGUUACUAUGGCCUAGAUCGCAUCAACCAGAUAGGACCGGAUCGAGACUACAAUAUGACUUUUGCCGGCGAUGGGUUCGCAGUGAAUGUUUACGUGGUGGAUGCUAGCAUUGCUCUGCUUCAUGACGAACUAGAAUGCCGAGCGAGGAUGGUUCAUGACGUCCUUGGGCAGCCGGGCAACGAUUGCCCUCAGAAGGACGGUACGACCGUCGCAAGUGUAGUGGCCGGUAAGCGCGUCGGGGUGGCCAAGGCUGCGCACGUCUUUGGUGUGAGGGUGACCGACUGCGACACGGACCUGAACCAGAUGAACUUUAUUGCCGGCAUGCAGUGGGUGAAGGAUCACGGUCGGACGCCUUGUGUCGUCUUGCUUGGCCACACCCUCCCCAAGUCGGUCAGCGUGGACCUGAAGGCAGAGGCCCUGACCCAAUCUCUCUUCUCUAACCCCAACGAGGGCUGCGUGGUCGUGACUGCCGCCGGCACCGUGUCGGAGACCGGGUCUGAUGCUUGCGCCUUGUCGCCGGGCCGAACUCACAGCGUAAUCAACGUCGCUGAUACGAACGCGCUGGACCACAAGGCACCGUCGUCCUACUAUGGCACGUGUGUCGACAUUCUCGCUCCGGGGACAAGGAUCAAGACGGCCAUCCGACAACAGACGGAUGACGGAGACGACGAUUACACGCUUUCGUACGGAACAGCCGUAUCGGCGGCUUUCGUUGCAGGAGUGGCGGCAAUUCACCUGGGUAACGACGUCCCCGCGUCCAAAGUCAAAGAGCGAAUUUUGACCGAUGCAACACCGUGCGUGAUAAUAAACGAAGGUCCAGGGACCCCCAACCGCAUGCUGUACGUUGACGCCGGGAUGUAGUCUGGGCACCAGAGUAGAUGGUCACAGCGCUUGCGUACUCGCCAACAUUCCCGGCGCACCUCUUAUAAAAUCUAAAAGAUGAAUGUAUUAAGAUAAUUUCGUUCCCUUUUGAUUGAUUAGAAUAAGUGUCUUUACUGCUGUGCAUUUAUUGGCAAGAACUAACACCCUAGCAACCGAUGUUUUCCAAUGUACCAAUCGUAAUAGUCUUUUAACAGUUGUUUACUUAUAGAAAGUAUUUAGAAAAAUGCCAAAUAAAAUUUUACGUCUUGUUCAAACGUUGCACAACAUCCCAAAUAUAUAUCUGUUGAUUCCUCAGAUACUUCUAACAAGACACUAGCUCCAUGUUUGAUUGAUUGUCUAUUUUAAUAUACAUUUUGUCGUGGCAGAAAUUUCAUCAAACUCGAUAAAAAUCACUUUUCCAGUG